AUAUAAGACUUUUUCAUUUUUCAAUAUUAAUUAUAUAAAUAAUAGAAUUUCAUCAAUAUUGGUGAACAAUUAGAUACAUGUAGGAGCAGAAUGAUGCAAUGAGUUCAUAUAUAAGCAGUAGAGGAUAUUAAACAUAAAGUUCCUGUAGAAAGCAUGCAGAGAGUGCAAUUAACAAAACAACCAAUGACAUUUUUGUUGAAAAAAAUAAUAUGCACCAGUGUUUUAUAUUUUAAUAUUGAAUAAUUAAGAUAUAUUUUAUUAUUUAAAAUAAUAAAUAUAUAUAAAUUAUUUAUAAAUUUAAUAUAUAAAUAGUGUACAAACGAGGCUAGAAAACAACUUUUCAAAGAAAAGAAAACAGUUCUAAUUAUAAAAUCUGUGCCUAAGAAGUCAAACAAUAAAAAAAAAGUCAAAUUGCACUACUACAAAACGACAAAAAAAAAAACUACAGAGUCUCAAGCCCACGUCGUGAGAGCCUUGACGUGAAUUCAUGAAAGAGAGCACCAAACUAGUUCUUUCUCCUGGUCCCAUUGACAUGCGCCAUUUUCCUUUUUAUUCAACGUGCAAUCAACUCCUCAACACAUUUUUAUUUAAAAGCCAUGCAAAUCUUCUCGAAAUUAACCUGACAGAUCGACAACAAAGAAAAUGGAAUACCCUUUAACGCGCAGGAAGCCGCCAACAUCAGCUUCGCCAUCGCCACGCCUUGUUCGCAGCAGAAGUGGAGCUGAAAAUAAUUCGACCUCAAUAAACACUAGCCGAAGAUUCACUUCCCGAUCAAAAUCAACCACUAGAUCAAGAAACACACCAAACGAACAGAAUAUAAGUCUAAAUUCGUCAUUAAAACCACAAAAGAAGUCUGCUUCGAAUCAAGAUAAUUGCAGCAGUAGAGAUGGGUCUGUUAGGUUCUUGCAGCGUGGCAGUGCAAGUAAUUCCCCAGCACCGAAUUAUAAGAUGCCAAAGUCAGCUUCAAGAUCUCCCUCAGCUUGGGCUUUAUCACCUGGAAGGUCAUUGUUUAACGUGUUGCCGCAGGCGGAGUUGCCAGUGAUCAGUAGUUCUAGUGGAGAAGAGAGAGGGAAGAAAGUCAAAAGUGGCUCUGGUGGGGCUAUAAGUGGUGUUUUGAGGUAUUUUAGACAAAAGAAAGCGUCUUCAGUACAAGAAGAGGAGUGUAGAAGGUUUAGGGUUUUGCAUAAUAGGAUAUUACAGUGGAGGUUUGCUAAUGCUAAGGCCGAUGCUGCUAUGGCCUCUACGAAGAUAAUUGCAGAGAAUAAAUUAUUCCAUGUUUGGCUAAGGAUCUUGAAUGUAAGGACUAUCAUAUUAGAGAAGAGAAUUCAAAUUCUCAAACUGAAGCAGGAGGUCAAGUUAUUUGAAAUCGUUAACCCACAAAUGCAUUUUCUCAAUGAUUGGGCAAAAAUAGAGAGAAAAAAUUAUGAAGCAGUGGGCAGAAUGACAAGGAAAUUAUCAGCAUUAUCUGUCAAACUUCCUUUGGUAGAAGAGGCUACGGGAGAUGUGGAAUCCAUACUUAAAGCUAUGAGCACAGCAGCUGAAGUCAUGGAUAGUAUAGAAGCUACAAUUACUAAAUUCUUUCCACAGGUGGAGAAAAUUCUAUAUCUUCUGACAGAGCUUACAAGCACACUAGAACAUCAAAAGGAUAGCUUGGGAGAAAUGGAAAAGAUAGUAUUCUUGGUUUCUGAACUAUUGGCAUGGGAGAGAAGUAUUAGAGUACAGCUAAUUCAAGUAGUGGAGGAAUCAAGAACUGAACAGGGUCUCUGAAUUUGUUCAAAUAAAGACAACAUAGUCUUUGAAAAAUACAACACUAUGUACAUCCAAAUAAAAUCAAAUCAAUCAAAGGAUGAGAAAAAUGUGCAUUUGACUGGAUUUCAUGGAUACGACACAUAUCAUUUCUCUUCUAUGAAAUAGUCUGGCUUAAGCGUAGAAAUCUUACAGCUUUUGGUUACCAUUGAUAAUAACUACCUGUAGAUUUAUUUGUACCGUAUACAA